AUGUUGUCGGGGAAGAACGGCAUCAAGUUGACAUGCCCAACCCUCCCAUCCCCCUUGCACCCUCCUCUCUCGCCCCUCCCCAUCCCCGCCCCGCACCCGCAGGCCAUGCAUCUCGACCUGAGUGGGCAGUUCAGAGACGAGGAGACAGUGGAUGUGGAGGGCGCGUCACACACCAACCAGCCCCCCACCUCAUCCCCCGUCCUCUCCCACCCUUCCCUAUUCCCCGCAGGCCAUGCAUCUCGACCUGAGUGGGCAGCCAUGCAUCUCGACCUGAGUGGGCAGUUCAGAGACGAGGAGACAGUGGAUGUGGAGGGCGCGUCACACACCAACCAGCCCCCCACCUCAUCCCCCGUCCUCUCCCACCCUUCCCUAUUCCCCGCAGGCCAUGCAUCUCGACCUGAGUGGGCAGCCAUGCAUCUCGACCUGAGUGGGCAGUUCAGAGACGAGGAGACAGUGGAUGUGGAGGGCGCGUCACACACCAACCAGCCCCCCACCUCAUCCCCCGUCCUCUCCCACCCUUCCCUAUUCCCCGCAGGCCAUGCAUCUCGACCUGAGUGGGCAGCCAUGCAUCUCGACCUGAGUGGGCAGUUCAGAGACGAGGAGACAGUGGAUGUGGAGGGCGCGUCACACACCAACCAGCCCCCCACCUCAUCCCCCGUCCUCUCCCACCCUUCCCUAUUCCCCGCAGGCCAUGCAUCUCGACCUGAGUGGGCAGUUCAGAGACGAGGAGACAGUGGAUGUGGAGGCACUGACGCGUCGUCUGCUGACGCUUAUACCAACGACUUGGACUUCGACUUGUUUUUGAGUUUCGACCACUAUAGAGAGAAGCCAUCGCCUUAUACAGAGCCCAUCGACCCGUUCUACCUCAACGGAGACCGAACCUUCUGCACCUGCCUGCUCUUCUUCCGCCCCACCGUAGCUGCCAAGAGCCUCGUAGGCAACUGGGCGUUUCGCUUGGCCAAACUAGGUCGGCAGGGGGGGAUGGACCAGACGCAGUUCAAUCUGGUCAUGCAGUGGAUGUAUCAAAGAAAGGUGCUGCCGCGGAUUGGCGUCCUGCCUCCGCUGCAGUUCCCGUCUGGGCAGCUGAUGGCGCAGCAUUGGGAGGAGUUUGAGGAGGUGCGGCCGAGAGUGGUGAUGGUGCAUGCGAAUUAUCUCACUGGGAAGGAGGUGAAGAUCAAGGGGCUGAAUCGGGCGGGUCUGUGGCGGGUGAAAGAGAAAGUGCAGGGCGCGGAAGGUCAGGCUUAUGCAACAGCCGCUGGUUCUGCUUCUUCUGGCAUGGUGGCUAGGCUCGCUGACAGGGAUGAGGGUGGAAGGAUGGUGGGAGUAGGGAUAGAGGAAGGCAGCACAGGGAGCGGGAAAGAGGGCAAGGAGCAGACACGGGUGGGAAAAGCUGGUGGAAGAGGUGGGGAGGGAGGAGGGGGUUGGGAGGCGCGGUCAGCAGUGGGGGGGGAUUGGGAGGCGCGGGUACUAGCAGCAGUGGAGCCGUGGGUGGGGGAGCAUCUUGGGAAGAUGGAGGAGGCGGCGAUGGGUGUUGCGAUAUCUGCUGGGUUGGUGAUUGUCACUGUUGCGUGUGAUGGCCAGCAGUUUUCGAUCCACUACUGGCACACCCACAUGGGGUGCACGCAACGCAACCCCUCCUUCCCUUGUCGGCCUCUUCUUGCUACCAUCGCGAUUCCCUCCCCCACACCUGCCAUCCACUGGCCUGGAGUCGUUAUUUCGCAACUGCCUCAUCCACAAAAGGCGCACCCCUCCUUCCCUUGUCGGCCCCAUGAUGCUUCCCUCGUGAUUCCCUCCCCCAUGCUUGCCACCCCACCAUCACCUCCCAUCCGCAGGCCAGGAGUUGUUAGCCAGGAGUCUCUAUUUCGCAACUGGCUUAACCACAUCACCCGCAUUCCUUCCCUCGGGAGCGCUAUCCUCGCCUCAGUGCCUCCUCAGAUGCGCACACCAGGCGGCCACGUCAUCACGCGCUCCAAUGAAAGUGUGUCUCCCCGAGUGGCCAGAGCCACGUGCCUGCUGCUGCCGCCCCUCAUCCUCGCCCGCCUUCUGGCUGCCAACGUGACUGUUGUCUUCAGCACACGGAAAGCAGAGGCACCAGCAAUUCAAGGGGCAGAAGGGGCAGCAGAAAAGGGGCUGGGAAACAGCACAGAGCAGCAGGUGGGAGAGGGUGGGGGAAGCACACAGCAAGCAGAGGCACCAGCAAUGCAAGGGGGAGAAGGGGCAGCAGAGAAGGGGCUGGAAAACGGUAUGGAGCAGAUGGGUGAGGGUGGGGGUAGCACACAGCAAGCAGAGGCACCAGCAUUGCAAGGGGCACAAGGGGAAGCAGGGAAGGGGCUGGGAAACAGUACGGAGAAGGUGGGUGAGGGUGGGGGUAGCACACAGCAAGGAGAGGCACCAACGUUGCACGGGGCACACGGGGCAGCAGAGAAGGGGGCUGGGAAACAGCACAGAGCAGCAGGUGGGAGAGGGGCUUUAAGAGGUUAUCAGAUUGCAGAAGCAGCAACAGAGGGUGGUUCGGGCGUGUUUUCUGGUUCGGAGGUUCUCAAAAGGGCCCUCAACAAUGCCGUGGCUGAGAUGGUUCGGAAAUCAAAGUUCGUGGGAGUGGAGGAGGAUAGGCUGGGCAGAGGUUCGACAGGAGGCUUAGAUGCAGGUACGGGAGCAGGCACGAGUCCAGGGCAAGGAGCAAGCGUGGGGAUGCUUCCAGAGCAGUUAUUCCCCCCUGGGUGGAGGGCGGUGGGGGAUAGGGCAUGGCUGGAGGCGCAUAGGAAUGAGAUGGUGGCCCUGCAGGUAAGCUGUGGGGAGGAUGGCAGGCAGCAAGAGGUUUGUCUGCGAGACAUGAACUUGUGGUUGUAA